AUGGUUAACAACAAGAAAGGCCGAGCGAAACCAAAAAAUUAUGCGAAGAUUGAUUCGCAGUGGGAACAGAAUGAAAUUCUUGAAAAACUGAAAUCAGUGGUGGUGGCUGAAACUGAAGAGAUCACAAAUUCAUAUGAGAAAAAAUUCGAUGAAAUCGCGUCGAAGCUGCAAUCAAUGGAAGAAUCAAUUUCGAAAAAUUCAAUUUUAUCGAAUAGUUCUAAGAAUUGGGAACAGAAAUCAGCGAAGAGAUUUGUGCUGAAGCAUUUGUUUGAAAAUGUUAAUGAUUUAGAUGAGAACAAUCGUUAUUCUUACAGCGAAGAAGAGGAGCAUUUCGAUAUGAAAUGGAAGAUGAAAAUCGAACGCAACAAGAAUCAUAUUGGAUUCUUUGUUUUUUUUAAUCCCAUAGCUCCGGUCGAAAAUAAAUAUUCGAUUGAAACAAAAUUUGAAUUGAGAAUGAUGGGUAGAGACAACAACAAUGCCACCAAAACGUUGAAAUAUUGUUUCGAGACGAAAAAGGGAUAUGGAUGUGAUCGUUUUUUGAAAUGGCAACAAUUAGAAGACGAUUAUCUUAUUGAUGAUAAACUGACAGCUCAAGUGGAAGUUGAGAUUAUGAAAAUGAGUGGGUAUGGAAAGAAGAGAAUUCGGAAAUUCGACGAAUCACAGAAAGAAGUCUCCGAUGUUGUUGUAGUGGUUCAAGACGCCAAAUUCUAUGUCUUAAAAAUGUACCUCGCCGCACAAUCUCCCUUCUUUAAAACUCUUUUCCUCGGAAAUUUCUCAGAAUCCGGCAAAUCUGAACUCACUCUGUCUGGAAUUGAUUCAAAUGAUUUCCAGCGUUUUCUGGAGGUGCUUUACGGCGAAUCCGCUAUCGAUGAUUCAACAAUCGAAGGAAUCUUGCUCGUUGCAGAUAUGUAUGAUACAUCGAUUGUUGUUCGAAAAUGCGAAGAGUUUCUGAUGGAAAAAUCGAAAAAGAAUUUGAAGAAAAAACUACUAUUGUCGACACAAUACUGUCUUGAAAAAUUGAAGACUCAAUGCCUCUCAGUAAUCCAUAAUAUCUACGAUGUUCGAGUAUUUCUCCCUGGCGAUCUCAGCGAUCUGGACCCAUCGGAUGUGCUCGCAAUUCUUCAAAAAUGUGUUUCUCAUGCUGGCGUCAGUGACGAGCAAUGGUAA